AUGGCUACGGCGAGGAAUAGUUUGAAACUCGAGGACACUGGAAUCCAGGAACUACGAGUCCGACGGGCGAUCACCGGUGGAGUCAUAUUGGAGGUCCCGAGUGAAAACAGCGCGGAAAAGGCCGCCUGCGCCAAUAACAACGGGGACGUGAAAGUAUCUCGGCCACGUAAGAUGGCCGAGAUCCGCAUAAGCGAACUUGAUGACUCGGUCACCCCGGCCAAGGUGGUAUCGGCAGUGAGCCAACCAAGGCCGGCGAAUGCGACGCGGAGGAUGUGCCCUGCCACGGCGUACGUCGAGGCACUGGACAAGCGGCCGCUACAGUGCUUCCGCUGUAUGGAGAUGGGCCAUACAGCACAGCACUGUCCAUCCGAGACGAACAGAAACGGACGAUGCUACAAAUGUGGCACACCAGGCCAUUUCCCGAGAAACUUCACCGUCCCGGUUAAAUGCCCCUUAUGCGCGGACAUGGGCAGACAAGCGGACCAUCGCCUAGGCAGUAAAGCCUGCAGACCACCGCUCAGGAAGAGGAAACCUCCAUCCAGCAACGGAAAGAAACAGCAAGAGUCAGAAACGGUCCAACCGAGGCAGGAACAGUAA